CACACAUUAACGUUUGCAUCUCUUCACUGCUGUAUAUCAUCGAUUGCUUUGCAGCUUUCUCACGUCAUUUUUCUCCUUGGUUGAAUCAGAGAUUAAAGAUCAAAAGCGUAAUUUCAUCUAAAGGACUAAGCAGUGAAUUAACAGCAGUGAUAAUAACUGUAGACAAGUUCAAAGUGCUGGAACCUUUCACUCGAUUCGAACCAGCACUUGAUUUCAUCUGCUUUAAUAGAAAUGCCACAAGAAUACCCAUACCCUUCUCACGUGCAUGCAGCUAGUUUUGUUUCAGUCAAGCUGUCAAGUAAAACCAAUUAUUCUAUGUGGGAGGAACAGAUGAAGUGCCUUCUGGAGAGCCACGAUAUGCUCGGUUUCAUUGAUGGAACAAUAAAGAAAGGGAAACAUAGGGGAUGGAAUCGGUCAGACAAACUUGUCAAAGGAUGGAUUUUUGGCUCAUUAAGUGAAGAUGCGAUGGCUAGUGUUGUUGGCCUCGACACAGCCAACAACGUGUGGGAGAAGCUAAGGGCUACUUACGCUACUCAUCCCUAUCCUAACAUAGAUAAGACAGAUUACCUCCCACUAUCGAGAGCAAUUAUGAGGGGCGACUGGGAGGAAGCCCGAGAAAUUUUUACCAGGGACAAAGAUGCAUUAACUGCUAAACUCAAUGUUAAUGGCCAAAGCGCACUCCACAUUGCAGUUGAUGCAUGUAAACAUAUCCAGUUUGUUGAGAAUCUCCUGAAGGAGAUUAAUCCAGAAUCUCUUCUAACUUUGGUGAGCUAUAACAAGAAAAAUGCACUGCAUCGUGCCGCAAUGGUUGACAACACCAAGGCUGCAAAGAUGUUGGUGGAGAAAAACCCGUAUUUGUUAUUCAGUCUUGACAACAUGAACACCUUGCCGAUCCAUAGAGCUAUCAUCGCGCUUUCCCAAGAAGAUGGAUAUCACAAUCCCUUUGAGGGAAGACAUGGUGUCACGCUUCUUAUUAAUGUAAUCAAUGUCGGGCUUUUGGAUGUUGCUUACGAUUUGAUCAAGAAGUACCCUGCCAUGGUUACGGAAAAUGUUGGCCCUUACAUACCCUUGUUGUCUAUUGCGAGUAAAGCGGACUUGUAUUUUAGUGGAACCCAAUACAACUUCUACCAAAAAUUUGUUUAUGCUCAUCUACCAACAGGUAACAAUGAUUUAAGUGAUACAAACAAGAUUCAAGAUAUUGAGAACCAAGACACUUAUACCGGCAACUUUGAGACCAAUAGCUGGAAGACCUACUUCUAUUAUGUCAUCCAGAGGAUUUAUGUCAAGUUUUGGGAUGUUGCACUACUACAUGUGACACAUGUCAAGCAUCUCCAUGAAGACAAAGUGAAACACAAUAAAGCUGUUAUGCUACUGAAAUGUAUAUGCAAAGAAGUUGGUAAAAUAGAUAAAGGGAUUGAUAUUUGUCAAAUUUAUGGUGAAGCAUUUAAUCAGGCAGUGCAAAAUGAUACUCCUGAAGCAGUGGAAGAGAUCAUGGAAUCUUUUCCACAAGCAAUCUGGACAAGGAACAGUGAUGGCUAUUUAGCUACUCAAGCUGCAAUAAAAGACCGUUGCCUAAAGGUUCACGGCGUUUUGAUACGCCAUCUGCCUCGUAACAAGUAUUUACUUCAUGCCUUUUUGGAUGAUGAUAAAAACAAUGAAUUGCACUUGGCUGGACAAUUGGCACCUAUGACCAAACUCAAUCUUGUUACUGGUGCAGCUUUGCAAAUGCAAAGGGAGUUACAGUGGUUUAAGGGAGUGGAGAAAUUUGGGAAACCCAAAUACAAGGAAGCAAAAAACAGGAGAGGAGAGACACCAGUCAUGGUGUUCAGAAGAGAACACACGCAGUUAAGAAAAGAAGGCGAACAGUGGAUGAAAAAGACAGCUGAUUCAUACACAAUCACAGCUGCACUCAUCAUUACUAUAGUUUUUGCAGCGGCCAUCACUGUGCCUGGUGGAAAUGAUAGCGACACUGGGAAAGCAAUUUAUUCAAGAAAACCAAGCUUCAUUAUAUUUGUGAUCUCAGAUGCAAUUUCAUUGUUUGCAUCCACCACUUCAUUGUUGCUGUUCCUGUCCAUUCUCACAGCACGAUAUCGAGAGGAGGAUUUUCUAUAUCGGUUACCUUUGAGAUUAAUAGUUGGCCUUGCAAUGUUGUUCUUGUCGGUAAGCUCAAUGAUGGUAGCCUUUAGUGCAACACUUUAUCUUACGUUUGGAGAGGGAAGAGCAUGGAUUCUAAUUCCAGUAGCUACAUUAACAUGUCUUCCAAUUGCUUCAUUUGUAACACUACAAUUACCGUUACUUGUUGAUCUAAUCUCCUCAACAUAUUAUCAUGGAAUCUUUGCUGGACAUCAAUCGUGGUAGGCGUAAGAUCUAAUGACAACAUUAGACAUGACUUGUUGCAUUAUAAGAUGUAUUCAUUUUUCUAUUACACAAUCAUAAUAAAAGGGGGUGCUUCAAUAAGAACAUAUUUUUUAAAUGGUGUGAUUGCAUGUGAUUUGAUCAUCAAGUAUCCUGACAUGGGUAGACCAUUGAUGUACUCAUACUGUAGGGGAACUUGAUACAACUUCUACCAAG